AGAAACCUCGCCCUAUGCACAUCAACCGUAACCCUCGCAACCAUCCGCCACCCGCCAUUCGCUCCGCCAACCCGCAGGACAAGGAGGGGCCCCCGCUUACCACCACUGUCACUACGACCUAUUGAUCUCACCUGCCUUGUCCGUCUCUCGCGACCUCUAAGCUUGAGUGGUGCACUUCCUUUGUUUCGACACACACCAAGCAAAGCCGCAAGAUGGAUGACGACUUCGACUCUCCCGACAGCGACGGACAUGCCUCCAUUCCGUCGCCCACCGAGACUUCUUUCAACAUCAGCAACGCUCUCCAGAACGCAAGAGUGUGGCCACCGGAAUCGUCAGCUAGUCAGUCCUCCGGCGACGAAGUGGACGAGUCGCCAAUCGUAGUGUUCCGCCGUCGCAAUUCCAAAAAGUCGAAGCGGGUGCUCCCAAGUAUACUCGGUUCAUCUCCUGAUGCGAAGACGCCUUCGAGGGUGGUCCUGCGGCCGACAAACUCAAACGACUCCCCACAGUCCACACCCAAGACGACCCGGUCAAAGCGGAGCUCGGAGAAUAAAAGUCCCCACCUCGACAUGAAUUCGGAAGAGGAUGACGACAUCGUUCAGAGUGACGAGCGCCGAUAUGACGGCGGGGACGAAUCUGACAGCUCGAUCGUAGUGCCGUCCACCUCCGAAGCAUCGACCCCGCACCCGGAGUCAACACCUGACGCUCUGACAGGCCUGUCGAAGAGGGUGGCAGUGCGUAGGCCUCGAGACAGCCCUGCGAAGCAUCAAUCGCCGACGCGGAAAUCGGGAUCUCCUUCAACACCAGCCAACCGUUUCUUCGGCGGGCAGCAAGGAUCCUCCAGUGACAAUGGCGAGGAAGAUACAAUGCUCCCAGAGCCAUCACAAGGAAGCGAGGGCCAAGAAACGAAGCAGACCGCAUCGGGGGACUCUACACCUUUGGAUCACGCUCAGGGAACAGGCGCAAUGUUGCCGCCCGAUACACCGGAGAGCCUGGAGGAUAGACCGCAAAUGCAGAACCAAGCGCGGACGGUCUCCCAAGUGUCGACGGCUAGUGUCAUGCGAAACGAGAUAUUCGAGGAAAUUGACGCUAGUGUGCUCAUGGAGAAAAUGUCGCAAGCUUUGGUGCCAGUACAAUCGGGACGGCCGACUCCUCGAAGGGUGUCAUUCGGAAACCUAGAAAUACCUGAUACCUCUGAUGAGAGUGCGACAGAAAGUAUGGGCAAAAUUUCGGGCAACUCAUCGGAUUCGGCGAUACCUCAGACUCCGCCAAAUAGGAACAUACCGCGAAGAAAGUACAUCCAGACAAACGUGGUGCCGUCUAAUUUCUCUUUCAAGCGCAACACCAUCUCAAGUUCGACCCCACCAAUAACGCCAAACAAAGGAAUGUUUGCUUUGGGCACAAAGCCUAGUAACAAAGGCAAAGAAGCACCUUUGGCUGCACCCCCAAGCUCUUUGCCUGGUGCUGGGAGACCUACCGCCUCUCCAGAGGUUCCAGCGUCCGAAGCUGCCACCGAGGGCCACAACGUCUCGCCUCUGAAGACUGCAGACGCACGCCGAGUCUCUAUGUCUACCCCACCAUCGAUGUCUUCCAUCUCAACAACGGACACCGAAGCCCUUCGAAAAGAGCUUCCAUCACCGCUCCCCAGUGAUUUCACAGUGUCGCCGGAGCAGCUUCCAGGACGACCCCAUUCUGCUGCGGACGUCAUCGCCGACGAACAAACCUUCAAGGACAACCCACGCCCCGUAGGCACACAGCCUCCACCAAACUCCACGAUAAAUACCCCGGAUGACCAAAACAGCACCCAGCCAUCGCUUGGAAAUGAGAAUGGCAGAUUGGGAGAGAGGAGCAAAAGUAAUCCGCUUGACUCUGUGCCCGGAGCUAUUCAACGCAGUGAUAAACCCCCAAGGCAGCUCUUUGAUGUCGACAGAGUAGAGAAGGUCGGAGAUGUUGCACCGGGAUCUGCUAGGAAUAAUGGUGAAACAGACCUGCAAGAAGGCCCCUCGACUAUCGGUGAUACUUCCUCCAGUGACACCGCGAGUGACGCUACCCCAAAGCUACGCACUCUGGAAAUUCGGAAUAGUAGACCGGAUUCGUCGGAAGAUGAAGGAGAGCGGACUUCCAAGAAUACCAAAAAGAAUCGUGACAGCAUGGGCGGUCAUGCGUGGUCUGGUUUUUCUGAAACUUUCCGAUCAACCACACCCUCCUACGAGCCGGGUCAGACCACCAUGCAAGACAAGGAUAUCGAAGACAUGUCUAGCUCUCAGUUCCAUAUGGCAUCGUCAUCCCACGAUGGAAGCCUCAGACUUGGAGAUGUCGAAGUCAGGGUUCAAACACCCAACUCGGUCCGAGGAGACGAAUCCGAGCUACACGAUGAUCCGGAGUCUAUGCGCCGUCAUAUCUUCGAGCUAAGGCAAACUCUCAACCAAGCUUCGAAGAAAGACGAAGAGCAGCGAGAAAAGAUCCGUGAACUGAGCGAUACUGUCACUCAGUACGAGGAGGAGUACGGUGCAGUGCACAGCGACGUGGAGUUACACCGCCAAAGGGUCCGGUUCCUUGAAAAACAAGUAGCGGAACUCCAGGCGCAUCAAAAGGGUCUCGAAGGCUCGCCAGCCACACCGCAAGUCCGCAAAUACACCCUCAGAAUUGCCGAACUCCAAGCAAAGAUCGAUAGUCUCGAGACAGCAAGGAACGAGCAGGUCGAAAUUCGCGAGCAGGAGAAUGAGGAGCACGAAAACACAAUCCGUCACCUCCGGGCAGCCCUAGAUCAGCGCGUCAAUUCAACCAUCAAUGAACCACUCCAGAAGAGGAUCGUUGAACUCGAAAACCAACUUCAGCUGGAGAGAAAAGCGGGUAAAGAAAAAGUUAGCAACACCGAGAAAAAGUACAAGGAGUUGCUUGCCGAACAGGACGGGAUGAUCAACCACCUUCAAGCAGAGCUGGACGAAUAUGCCAAUGUCAUGCCAGUGGACCCUGGUGACCGCACCUCCCGGAUCUUUGAUGCCGAUGACGCCGGUGACGCCGGUGGAUGGAUGGACGAGAGAUCCCAGGACAUGAGCCAGUUCUUUGAAGACAGUCUUGACCAUAUCCUCACCCAAAUCGGCGGUAUGACCGAGAUCGAGAAUUUCGACGAGGCUGCAGAGGAGGCGGAGAAGAGCUUGAGGUAUCUGGCGUCCAACGCUGGACAUGAUGGCCUCAGCAGGGCUGAGCUGGCUGCAUUCGGCAUUCAAAACUUGAAAGAUGAGAAUACCACGUACAAGUCUCUACACGCUCGGAGCGAGCAGAGAGUAAACGAUCUCUCACAGGCGAACGAAUCGUUGGGCAAGGAGGUGGAGUCUUUGAAAUCGAAGGCUGAACAGCUAAACGCCCAAAACGCUGCGCUGCAGAAGGAGAUCUCGGAGGGCCAUGCGGCAGUCGAAAGGGUGGAGGAGGAAGUCACGCAGCUCGAACAGCGCCUCAAGGAGAAUGCCCGGGCUCUGGAGAAAGCGCUGGCAGAGAACGAGAAGUCACUCCGUCUGGAUGAACGGGUCCGCAACCUUGAGGCACAACUGGCAGCCCUCGAGCAAUCGUACGUGCAGGCGCAGAAGGAACUUGAGAGAUGGAAAGCGCAGACUGCCGAGGCGGAGAAGAAGGUCAAGGAGCAACAGGAGCGUUUGGUGCAGAAUCAGAAGCAGCUGCGGGAGUCCGAUGGCUAUCUAGCCGAAGUCGAGGCGUACAAGCAACGAACUUCCGAACUCCUCAAGGAACUCGCGAUCGUGGAAAAGAGCAACAAUGACCGAGUUAUGCGCCUGGAGCAACAAAUCGAGGAUCUCGAAACCGCCAAAAUCACGCUGACCAAGGAACGUGAUGUCGCUCGGGAAUCUGCCAGCCAUGUAGGCGAGACAUCGACUACGAUCCAGGGCCUCGAGAAGCGUAUCGCAGCGGCGGACGAACGGCUCGAGAAGCUUCAAACCGAGAAGGCGGCCCUCGAAGCGUCCACCCUGAAGGCCGAGACGGAAGCUACUCAGGCACGCUCGCGCUUCAACGUUCUCCUCCACGAGAGUGCUGAGAAGGAUAGCAUCUGGAAUGGUGUCAAAUCUACGCUUCAGGCCGAACUAGAGCAGAAAACGAGAGAGCUUCACCACGCCGUCGAGCCGUACAUCAAGGGACUCCAGCGCAUCGCCGCCGAGGUCGACGAGUAUGCGCCUGAGCGUGAGGGCGACAAGCAGCUCUUCGAUCUGUUGCGAGCGGAACUGCUUGCGGAAGGCGUUGCCGAGAUGGAUACUGUCGCUGGUAUCAUUGUCGGCCUGAGAGCGCUCGAUGUGCUCAUCGACGGCCUCGAUGGACAACAGAACGUGCUCCAGGAGAAGAAUCAGAGGCUCAAAGCGGCCAUCAAGAGAUGGGGUCUCGAACAUACCAAGGAGAAGAGCAAGGUCGAGGGACUCAAGAAGCAGGUUAACGAGCUGACUCUGAGACUCAAGGCGGAGAAAAAGCAGAGUGAUGAGAAGAUAGGACAGCUCAUCUUGGCUCUGCGGAGGUAGAUGGGGGGAUCAGAGGGAUUUUGAGUUGAGUUCGGUUUUUCUCCUUUUUGCAUUUGUGUUGGAGUGUUUGGCGUGCUUCUUGUGUUUACUACUACUACAUAAUCUUGGGCCGGUGGGAGGAGAGUCACUUUCUUGUUUUACUGGGUUCUUCUCGUUCUCUCUUUAUUUUUUCUUGAGGCCUGGCGCAUAUUCCCUUGUUUAUAUACUGGUUUGCAUCGAUUGGCGUGAACUAUCUGCUUGAUUGAGUUUAGGUUUAACGAUCGAUUCUCCUCGCCUGCGUGAGUCAAAAGUAUAAAAGCAAAGCAAAACCUUUUACGUGGUCUAUAUAUCAGCAUCCCCCUCUACUUGUACACAAGUAUCCUACCAAAGUUCAAACAUCCUCCUCCUCCUCAUCCUCCUCCUCC